AUGGUUCUAUCUCGAUUCCAACCACUAGCGCCCCGCACUGCUUCGAGCGCAGCCGUUUACGCAGCUGUUCCGGGAUUUGUAGUUUUGCUCCGACAAUACAAAUUAAGGUGGUCAAUUCUUCCAAGUCACGGCCAGCAGACUUCUUCGAAGAGGUUUGUCAGAGAAGGUUGCGGUUCAAUAAACCAUCUUAACUACUCGGCCCAAGGAUACAACAGCUGGCGAUCAAGGAUCAAGAAGAAAGAAGACUCAGAAGACGCCCGAUCAAGGAUCGAGAAGAAAGAAGAUCAGAAGCCCAAACGAGGACCAAGAAGAAAGCAGACUCAAACCAAGCCCGAACGACCGAACGAGGAUCAAGAAGAAGAGCGAGUUCAUCGGAAGGCUUAG